UUAAUAUUUGCGUUUUGCAUCGUGUUGAUAAAAUUUUUUUGGUGAAGAAUUUUCAGUGCUCGAGUAGCUUCACAUUACUUGUUUGUGGAUUGUACAAAACAAAAAAUAUCUAUCUACGAUGUCUAUGUCAAAGACAACAAACACUUAUAAUAGGCAAAAUUGGGAAGAUGCCGAGUUUCCAAUCUUGUGCCAAACUUGUCUUGGAGAUAAUCCGUACGUGCGAAUGAUUAAAGAACGAUUUGGUAAAGAAUGUAAGAUAUGUACGCGCCCGUUUACCAUAUUCCGAUGGUGCCCUGGAGCGAGAAUGCGUUUUAAAAAAACUGAAAUUUGUCAAACCUGCGCUCGUUUGAAAAACGUGUGUCAGACAUGUCUACUAGACUUGGAAUACGGUCUGCCAAUACAGGUGCGCGACGCUGCGCUCAAAGUGGCCGAUACAAUCCCUCAGAGUGAUGUGAACAAGGAGUACUAUAUCCAGAACAUUGACCGCGAGUUGAGAGAUGGUGAUGGUACUGAGGCAGCAGGUACAGUUGGACGUUCAUUAGCCGCCAACGAGAUGUUAGCAAAAUUAGCACGAACUGCUCCAUAUUAUAAACGUAAUCGUCCACAUAUUUGUUCAUUCUGGGUGAAGGGCGAGUGCAAACGUGGCGAAGAAUGUCCAUAUCGUCACGACAAGCCAAAUGAACCGGAUGACCCACUUUGUGAACAGAACAUAAAAGAUCGCUACUAUGGGCGAAACGACCCAGUGGCUGAAAAAAUUAUGAAACGAGCUGCUACGUUGCCGACGCUGGAGCCACCUGAAGAUCGCAAUAUUACAACUCUAUAUGUUGGUAAUUUGCCCGAAGAAAUAACAGAACCAGAAUUGCGUGAUCAUUUUUAUCAAUACGGCGAGAUCAGGUCCAUUGCAUUGGUUCCACGCCAGCAAUGUGCAUUUGUGCAGUAUACUAAACGUGGAGCUUCAGAAUUAGCAGCUGAACGUACUUUUAAUAAAUUGGUGUUGCACGGGCGUAAAGCAACAAUCAAGUGGGCACAUUCUCAAGCCAAACAGAGUGGCUUGGCAAAGACAGAUAGGCGUUUCGAAGUUCCCGCCGUACCGCCGACGCCUGUUGCUAAUCCGAAUGACUUUUUCAAUCUUCAACAAGAGCAAGUGACCGUGCUGCCUCCUGGUAUGAAACUGCAUCAAAUACCACCCAGCCUAAUACCUGCGUCGUCGUAUCAAAUGUACUCGCAGGCGUAUGCUGCACCAUACUCAAAUAUUCCAAUGCCAACUACCUCUGCCACGGCUUUGGAAGGUAUUCCACCACCACCAACUGGUCAAAUGGUGCCUGGCCAAGUGCACUACCCUAGUCAGGAUCCAAGCCGAUUGGGUGCGGUGAAAAAGUGACAGCAAAGACUUUAAAACAUCUUUUAUGUAUGCAUCUUCGCUUAGAAAAGUACUUUGAAUAAAAUUUUUAUUUCAUUUACAUACAAAUAUUUGUAGCAGUGUUUUUUCAGGACAACAUAUUUAAUAAAUACUAUAAAUGUCUGCAAAUAUUUUA